GAGGCGCUGGGGCGGCCGCGCCAGCAUGAAGCAGCCUCGCUGUCUGUGUCAGAUUUGUAUCUGCGGGCACCAUCGUUGCCCUCGUGUACCAACAAGGAUUUAUGAUAAUGGACAACAGCUGUGCCUCACAACUGAGUAUGGGGAAAAAUACCCUGUCUACAGCAAUGUCUCUCCUCCCCGCAGCCUCAGGCCAAAGCAAGAGUACCAAGGGCACCAUGGGAGAAUGGAAGGAAUGACAACGUUUAAAUCUGAUUACUUACCAUAUGAUAUUGUGAAGCAACCUUUUCGGGUACAAGAAGAGUAUAAACCAAAGUCAGGAGAGAUGGAACUUAGAACCACAUACCAGGAAGAUUAUAAUGCUUAUAAAAUACAACCAGUGACAUUAGCAAGACUUCUAGAGAGAGAACACACUACAGGAGGAAAAUUCAAUACCAUACCAACCUAUCAAGAUGACUAUAGGUUGUGGACAGUUCAAAGACAAGAACCUAGUAAGGUGGAGGAUACAUACCGGCCACCUACAGUGAAGUUUGGAAACUCUACUACAUUUCAGGAUGACUUUGUUCCUAAGGAACUGAAUCCCAGACAAAGCUUUAAACCUCCUUGUGCAGCCAAGCUUUCAGAUGUGCCUUUCGAGAGCACUACUAGCCACCGCACUUCUUAUAUCGCUCAUCAACUAGGACCAAAACUUGUAAGACUGAGAGAAGAAUACAAGCCCAGCAGCCAACCCUUUGAAGAUAUCACAACCCACCAAAGUGAUUUUAGAGGGUUGCCUGGGCAACUUGCAAAAAACUGCAAGCGUGAAUAUGCAGAAGUUGGAUCCAAUGCUCAUUUUAGAGUCACUGAAUUCCAAGAUCGUUUCCAGCCAUGGCUCGUCUCCUUGCCUGAGGUCCACAAAACAAAAGAGUACAUACCUUCCUCGGGCAACAUGGAUUUGAACUCCACCACCCGUCUUGACUAUGUUAAGCAUGAGAUUUCUCCUACUGUCCCUAUAAGACCAGUUUCUAAUCAAAGAAUAACCAAUGCCCCUUUUCAAGGGACCACUACUACAAAAGAAGACUUUAAAGCUUGGGAUAGCUACCAACAAGAAAGUACUAAGAAACAACAGGAAAAAACAAAACCCACCGGAAAAUUUGAUGAUUUAACUACAUUUAAAUCUCACUUCGUACCACAUCAGAUCGCUCCAGCUCAGAGUUGCAAACCUGUACGAGCUGUAGUUGUCAGCUCGGCUCCUUUUCAAGAUGAAACUAUGUAUCAUACAGAAUAUACUCCAAAGAAACAAAGCUUCUGCCCAGCAACUUGCCUGUCUCCUCCAGGUUAUGUCUACAUAGACACGGAUUCUUGUGGCCACAAAUUCUUCUACCAGCUUACCCCAGAAUUUUCUGAAUCAAAUAAUAAUCUUAUUCCAAAGGAAGUAGCUGUUGUGUCAUGAUACUCACAUGCAGUAUUUCAAACACCAGGUGGAAUAGCUGGGCUCCU